CGUCCCGGCAGCCACCAAACCGCUCAUGGUGCACGCCAGCUACGGCGAGCGCAAGACGGAAAGCGCCACACUGCACUCACCCGUCACUCAUCAAGGGAGCAUGUGGGCAACACGGAUGGCGGUUCGGAUGCAGGUCGGCCGACAGUGGGCAAGCACGGCAGCAAGCCCGCUCCCAGAGGGCGCCGGAAAGGUCGCUCUGGUCACAGGCGCGUCGUCGGGCAUUGGCCUCGGUGCCGCGGAGGCACUUGCCACCGCAGGCUACUCGGUCGGCAUGAUCGCACCCGAGGCUCGGGACGGAAGCCAUGUGCAGGCCGUCGCUAGCGUCAAGGCUGCGGCCGAGGAGGCGGGUGCCGGCGGGAACGUGGUCUUUGUCCCGGCUUGGCUCGGCGAGUCCGAGGCUGCUGUCGAGGCUGUCGCCACCAUCACGGCCGAGUUGGGAAACGUCUCAGUCCUCGUCAACAACGCUGGCAUCCAGCAUGUGGCUCCAGUCCACGAGUUCUCCGAUGAGAUGUGGAACAAGGUGCUGGCGGUCAACCUCUCGGCUCCGUUCCACAUGACCCGCGCUGUCCUGCCGGACAUGAUCGACGCCGAGCACGGCCGUAUUAUCAACGUUGCCUCGGCGCAUGCCCUUGUCGCCUCGCCGUACAAGUCAGCGUAUGUCGCCACCAAGCACGGCCUGCUAGGCUUUACCAAGUCGGUCGCUCUUGAGGUCGCCGACAAGGGCAUCACCGUCAACGCUGUCUGCCCGGGCUACGUCCUCACCCCGCUCGUCGAGAAGCAGAUCCCGGACACUGCCAAGGCCCGCGGCAUCUCCGAAGAAGAAGUCGUCCGCGACGUCAUCCUUGCCGCACAACCGUCCAAGAAGUUUGUCUCCAUCGACGAAGUCGUCUCCAUGAUCAUGUACCUCGCCUCCAGCGCUGCUCGCUCCGUCACCGGCACCUCGCUGACCAUUGACGGCGGGUGGACCGCCCGGUAG